AUGAAGCCUGUUGCGUACCUCCAUGGGGAACCAAGAGUAAUAUGGGAAGAGGACGAAGUGGAGCAGAUGAUUAUUAAGGAGAAUCUGGAAUUUGCGGUGAUAGGAAAAUUUUCUUAUGGAUGGCCGGGCAUCCAGGAUCUGAGGAAAAUAAUUCCCAAACAAUGCGAGUUGAAAGGGGAAUGCAAUAUUGGACUACUUAGCAAUAGAUAUUUAUUGAUUCGGGCGUCUUGUCUAGAGGAUUACGUGAAUUUGCUCUCAAAACCAGCCUAUUACAUCAUGCACAAAGGAUGGACCUAUCCAAUGAGAACUUUGAAGUGGGAUCCACUAUUUGAUCCAGAGGAAGAAACGUCAACAGCUAUUGCAUGGAUCUCUUUCCCAGCAUUACCACCGAAUUUUUUUGUCAGGGAAGCAGUGUUUUCAUUAGCGACGGCGGUAGGGAAGCCAUUACAGGUGGAUCUAGCAACAAGAAAUCAAACAAGACCAAGUUGUGCGAGAGUUAAGGUGGAGGUUGAUCUUUUGAGGGAAUUCCCUAAAAGAAUUAACGUAGGGGUUAGGAAAAAAUCAGGAGACAUAAGUGAGAAAUGGGUUAAAAUCAAAUAUGACUACGUGCCAAAAUAUUGCAAAAAUUGUAAGAUACAAGGGCACAAUGAUCAGGAAUGCUAUGUAAUUCAUCCAGAAUUAUUUCCUAAGGACCAGAAGGAAGGGGGAACGGAAAAGGAGACAGGAGAGGAUAAGAGAUUAGCCGAACAGCUUAAAGAAGGACCAAGGGUUGGGGAACAACAACAACCAAAAGCUAAGGAUCAGGCGGGAUUCAAAGAACAGAAAAAUAGAAGGGGAGGUGGAUGGAGAGCCCAAGACAGAGGGAAACCCGAACAAAUAUGGAACAAGAAGAACAUUCAACAGGAGAGAGUAGAAAUUGUUACAGAAAACAAGUUCGGUGCGCUUAAUAAUAACGAAGAGACAGGGGAAACAAGGGAGGAAACACUCAAACAAGGGGCGAAAGAUGAGAAAAAGCAGUGGGAAGAGGAAGCUGGGGAUCUGAAUAGCAAGACAAGAGGGAAGGUGAUGGAAGAAACAACAGCAAAAGAACACGAAACUCCUGUUGAUAUGAAAAAUGGCGGGCUGGGAGGAGGAUUAAUGGGAGGGGAAAAAAUGGAAGGGGAUGCGAGAAACAGUAACAUGGAGGACAAUAAUAAAUAUGCAACGAGUGAUAAGUGGGGGACGGACAAGGGAGAAGAAGCUGGCUCCACGCUAGAUGAAAGUAAUAAGGGUAAGGCGGGAAGUCUGCCUGAUUUGGAAGACAUUACAAAAGAAGAAAAACAACAGAGGAAGGAAAGGGAAGAAGAUGAAGAAAUUGAAGAGAAUAUAGCUGAUAUAGCAAAGAGUGGAGACCUAUCGCCAAGGCAAAUAAAUUAUUUGCAAAGUGGGGUCAAGAGGGGAAAGACAGGAUUACCGUCACUUCCAUUACAAGUGAAAACAAGGAGUAGGGAUAGGCCAGAAGAUAUGUCUCAAUGA